UGCAGCAAAUCAGAAUCAGGGUACUGUUCCGCAUAGUGUUCAUGGCAGAGUCAGCAAACCUUUCUCUACGAAGAAAGGAUUAGCUGCUGCAUGCAAUCAUUGUGUUGCAGGAUCUCCUCUGUCUUUUAAUUUAAUUGACAAGGCCAACGUGCAUCGUCCAAACCUGGGAAAAUUUUCAUCCGAAAACAGACAGUCUGUUAAUCAUGUUUCUGACAACGUGCAUCGUCCAACCCUUGGAAAAACUUCAUCCGAAAACAAAGAUUGCCAUGCAGAUUCCCAGGAUAGGAGGAUGAAGGCUGGUACUGCAUGCCCUCUAGGUGAAUCUGAACAUGCACCUAUAUUCAAAAGGAAGAAGUCUAGACUGCAGCUGCCGGAGGAUCUAAACUAUAUUACUCGCAGCAUUUUAUCUGAUGAUCAACCUCAAGUUAGUAGUGUUGUUAUUCCAACACAUCUUGACGAUGGAGAAUCUUCUUUCAUUGGUGAUGAUGUGUUAUAUGACGAUUUCCUAGAAAUUGAGGAUUAUGAUGAACAUGCCGAUGAAUUCAAUCUCAGAUAUGAGAAGUACCUAAAACCUGUUCCCAAAGGCUACGGCUUCCUUGGUCCUCCUACUGGCAAAUGUGUUAAAUGCCAGUCAAUUAUGUGGAAUGAGGAACAGUCUAACAAAGGUGUAAAAAAAGGAAUGUUCAAAUACAAUAUCUGCUGUGGCAAUGGUAAGAUAAAGCUUCCACCAGCUCCAAGAACCCCAUUAUACUUAUGGCAACUUUAUAAUGAUCCAGUCAAAGGUCCUCACUUUCAUCGUAAUACACGGGUGUACAAUUCUAUGUUUGCCUUCACUUCAACCAGUGGGAAUGUCGACUCAUCUAUAAACAAAGGAGGCACACCUUACGUAUAUAAGCUGAAUGGUCAAAAUCACCACCUGUUUGGGGCCUUGAUUCCAGAUGAGGGCAAAGAUCCAAAAUUUUGUCAACUAUACAUCUACGACACUGCCAACGAGGUUCAGAAUAGGCUUAGGUGGAUUGAAGUUGAUCGUUCAGAUGAGAUAGAUGAGGAGAUUGUGAGUGGCUUAAUUGUAAUGUUGGAUGAAAAGAAUGAACUGGUGAAAAAAUUCAGGACUGCUCGGGACAGGUUUGAAAACAAUGAGGUUGUGGAAUUGGAUAUAUUCUUGAAAGUUUCUUGCGCUACUGAUGGAAGGGAGAAUCGCGCUGGACCUUCAAAUGAAGUGGCUGGAAUUCUGGUUGGAGAUCAAGAAGAGACUGAUGAAAGUUGUGAUGUCAUUGUUGAUGAUGUCAAAACUGGACUGCAACGUAUAACAAAUGUUCACCCAAAAUUGAUGGCGCUGUAGUACCCACUUCUCUUUCCUAAUGGUGAGGAUGGUUUUCAUUUAGGAUUAAAAUAUGAAGCAACCGAAGAACAGCGAGGUAAGAGCCAAGAAAGCAUCACAUUGAAGGAUUACUACGCAUACAUGCUUCAAGUCAGGCACAACGAAGGCAUGACUCCCAGACUUGCUGGGCGAUUAUUUCAGCAGUACAUUGAAGAUGCUUUUUCAACCAUUGAGCAGGCACGACUUUGGUGGUUCAGAACCCAUCAGACAACUUUAAGGAUUGAGUUAUACAGUCACAUAUGUGACUCAAUUAGAUUUGGUGAUUCAGAUAAAUCAAAUUUUGGAAAAAGUUUCAUUUUACCAGCCGGCUAUGUUGGCUCAAAGCGAUAUAUGCAACAGAAUUUUCAGGACCCUCUUGCUGUUUGUCGUCAUAUAGGCCACCCGGACAUUUUUCUUACUAUGACGUCGAACCCUAUGUGGUCAGAGGUUAUUGAGAUGAUGAAGCUCAUUCCAUUUGGGACGCCUGUUGACAAUCGAGAUAUAAUAGCUCGAGUUUUUAAGCUUAAACUGAAUCAACUACUAACUAACAUUCGGCAGGAAAAGUUUUUUGGAACAUGCAUUGGAGUCAUGAAUGUUGUCGAGUUCCAGAAGCGAGGACUGCCCCAUGUGCACAUGCUUAUAUGGUUUGAUUCUGAAUCUAAGAUUAAUCUUAAAAGAAACGUUGACCAUUAUGUUUCAGCAGGAAUUCCUGAUCCGAAAGAAGAUCCAACAGGGUAUGAGGCGGUUAAGCAGUUUAUGAUUCAUGGGCCAUGUGGACCUGAGUUUCCAAAUUCGCCGUGCAUGGUUAAUCACAAGUGUUCAAGGCAUUUUCCCAAAAAGUAAUUACACAAUACCUUCGUACAAUUUGUCAAAUUGAUCAAUACAUUCUAAAUUAUGAUGUUAAAUGUUUCUGUUACAUAUUGUACUUGCAAGUAUGCAAACAACACAAGUUUUGAUGAAUCCGGUUUCCCCGUGUACAAGAGGUCCAACUCAGGGAUUACUGUCAAAGUAAGGAAUGCAGAGCUUGAUAAUCA